GCGGCUGUGCGUCUGCUGCUGGCGGCCGGAGGGAGGAGAGCCCUUCUCGGCAGGCUCUAGCAGGCUGUGGCUCAGAGGGCACGCCUCUCCCGCUGUCCCCGGACCCCGCUUCUUCUUGGCCAUCCCCUCUCAUCGCCGGCCCCCCCAUACACACCAUGGCAGCUGUCUCGGACCUCUCCUUUAUGUACCGCUGGUUCAAGAACUGCAAUCUGGUCCGCAACCUCUCAGACAAGUACGUCUUCAUCACAGGCUGUGACUCGGGCUUCGGGAACCUCCUGGCCAGGCAGCUGGUUGAUCGGGGCAUGCGGGUGCUGGCUGCUUGCUUCACUGAGGAAGGGGCCCAGAAGCUUCAGCAAGACACCUCCUAUCGGCUGCAGACCACCCUACUGGAUGUCACCAAGACGGAGAGCAUCAAAGCGGCAGCCCAGUGGGUGAGGGACCAAGUGGGUGAACAAGGCCUCUGGGCCCUGGUGAACAACGCUGGUGUGGGCCUGCCCAGUGGUCCCAAUGAAUGGCUGACCAAGGAGGACUUUGUGAAGGUGAUCAACGUGAACCUGGUGGGACUGAUUGAAGUGACCCUCCACAUGCUGCCCAUGGUCAAGAAAGCCCGGGGCAGGGUUGUCAACAUGUCCAGCUGUGGGGGCCGUGUUGCUGUCAUUGGUGGAGGCUACUGCGUCUCCAAGUUUGGUGUUGAGGCUUUCUCUGACAGCAUCAGGCGUGAGCUCCGCUAUUUCGGGGUGAAAGUCAGCAUCAUCGAGCCGGGCAACUACCGGACAGCCAUUCUGGGCAAGGAGGGCCUGGAGAAGCGCAUGCGCAGGCUGUGGGAGCGCCUGCCUCCCGAGACCCGCGAGAGCUACGGAGAGGAGUACUUCCGGCUCUAUACUGACAACUUAAAGAGCACAAUGCAGCUGGCAGAACCAAGGAUCAGCGAAGUCACCAACAGCAUGGAGCACGCCAUUGUUUCCCGGAGCCCUCGCAUCCGUUACAACCCUGGCCUGGAUGCCAAACUCCUGUAUCUCCCGUUGGCUAAGUUUCCCACCCCUGUGACAGAUUUCAUCCUGAGCCGGUACCUUCCAAGGCCAGCAGACAGCGUCUGAGCAGGGGAACCUCAGGGGGUGAUCAGUGGAGUGUAGGGGAGGGGGGUGAGAGAAGCCACCAUCAGGUCACAAGAAGAGGGGUCAGAUGUUCUGGGGGCACUUUGCUUAGCUGACACCCUGCCCGCUGCUGGCAAAUUUAUGGGUCACUUCUAACAGAAGAUGCACGCCUCUUCUCACUCACUGGGGCCACAGAAACUUGAGGUGGCCGUUGCAGGUUCAAAGAGCUAAUAUAAAGCACGAGGACUCUCUGGUGGUUAAAACUGCACUUUCAGUGCAGGGGGUGCAGGUGGGAUCCCUGGUCAGGGAGCUAGCAUCCCACAUGCCACACAAUGUGGCCAAAAAGUAAAAUUUUUUAAAAAAUUACUUAAAGGCCUAUAGCAUGGCUCCGAGAACAUCUAUUUCCCAGCCAGGAUGUGCCUUUUCCUGACCCAGAAGAGUCAGGGAAAGGAACGCUAGCUCCUGCUGAGCCGUCAGCCUCCCUCAGCCAUCACCACCACUGGGGAACUGUGGGAUCCUGUAGCCCACAGGAAAGCCCAACCGCUUUCCUCUUGUGUCUCUAAAUAGGCAUUAGCCUUAUUCACACAGCCUUUACUUAAAGUAUGUAUGAGGACAGACACGGAGUGCAAGAUUAUAUCACAUAAAAUUUAUCAUAGUAUUUUCUCUCUCUUUUAUGGAUUUCUGUAUCCAUAGGUGAUUGGGACUCAAAUAAAAUAACAUUUAUUUAUUUAAUUACCAUGGAUUAAUUCUUCAACUAUUUACUGAGGGCCUACUACAGACUAACACUGUGUAGGAGCUGAAAGGAUUCAGUUCAGUUCAGUUCAGUUCAGUCGCUCAGUCGUGUCCGACUCUUUGCAACCCCAUGAACUACAGCCCACCAGGCCUGCCUGUCCAUCACCAGCCUCCCUGUCCAUCACCAAGGAAGGAUACAAUAUGAUUAAAUCAUGAUAUUGGUUUUUCACUCUUUA